AUGACAAACACGACAAGAAACCAGUUCAACAGAUCUAAAGCAGUUAACAAAUUUUUCACUGCAUUAAACCACAGACAAACUCUAAUUAAACCAGUAGACAAAUUAUACAUUAAACCAGUAGACAAACUCUUCACCAAACCAGUAGAGAGACUCUACAUUAAACCAGUAGACAAACUCUACAUUAAACCAGUAGACAAACUCUUCAUUAAACCAGUAGACAAACUCUUCACCAAACCAGUAGACAAAUUCUUCACCAAACCAGUAGACAAACUCUACAUUAAACCAGUAGACAAACUCUACAUUAAACCAGUAGAGAGACUCUACAUUAAACCAGUAGACAAGCUCUUCAUUAAACCAGUAGACAAACUCUACAUUAAAUCAGUAGACAAACUCUACAUUAAACCAGGAGACACUCUUCUUAAGCCAGUAGACAAACUCUUCAUUAAACCAGUAGACAAACUCUACUUUAAACCAGUAGAAAUACUCUGCAUUAAAUCAGUAGACAAACUUUUCACCAAUCCAGUAGACAAACUCUUCCUCAAACCAGUAGACAAUUUUUUUACCAAACCAAAACACAAACUCUACAUUAAACCACUAAAGAAACUCCUCUCCAAACCAGUAGAUAAACUACCCGUAUUCACCAAACCACUAAACAAACUCUUUAAAAAACCAGUAAACAAACUCUUUAACAAACCAGUAAACAAACUCUUUAACAAACCAGUAAACAAACUCUUUAACAAACCAGUGAACAAACUCUUUAACAAACCAGUAAACAAACUCUUUAACAAACCAGUAAACACUCUUUAA